AUGAGGAGAAUAUUUUCAGGGAAUAGGUCUCCAAGCUCCUCUGUCUUUACUGAUGAACUCGACACGCCCAAUCCAGCACAUGCUAAUAUCACCGAAUCAGAUAAAAUAUCCCCCGAAUUGGUGCCCAUGGUAACACUGUUAUCAGCCCAUCUUCAUAGGAGGUAUCAUGAGGGUGUGUUGCUUGUAUUACAUGAUUUGAAAAACGAUGGUACCCCUGCCUCAAGGAAAUGGAGAGAGGUUCAUGGGGUUCUCUUGGGGACUCAACUAGCGCUCUGGGAUGCAAAUGCGUUAAGUAACGAAAAGGACCCCAGUGCUCUCAGAACCUCGGCAGCGAAGCCCUCGUACAUCAAUUUCUCAGAUGCUACUAUUCAAUCCGCACACUCUGCUGGAGCUGCUGGAGGAACGGGUAAUAACCGGUCCGCGGACAACGUACUUGUGGCGUCUACUACAUUGAAGAAUAGAUACUUCCUACAAUUCAGUAAUAAAGAGUCGUUUAGCCAAUGGACUGCAGCGAUCAGGUUAAGCGUUUACGAAUAUAGGGCAUUACAAGAGGCGUAUACUGGGGCAUUUAUAUCAAGUAGGGGUGCCAGGCUGAGCGAUAUCCGAGUCCUGCUAACUGCCACGAAGUAUAAGUAUGAGGAUUGGGUUAGUGUACGGUUCGGUACGGGUAUGCCGUGGAAACGUUGUUACGCUGUGAUUGCACAGAAAAAGGAUAAGAAGAAGGGAAGCACAGGGGAGAUCAAUUUUUAUGAGAGCGACAAAAAGAUAAAGAAGGCUAAAUCUAUGACUACAGUCACUGGAGCAAAAGCUGUCUACGCAGUAUACCCAUCUUCCCCACAGUUGAUUGAUUCGUCCACGAUUCUUAAGUUGGAGGGGACCGCGACGUUUAACGAAAACGACACGCCGCAGGAGACUAAUAUAUUUAUCAUGCCGGAAAAGCAUGAGGCUGUCCCUGGUUACGACACCGUCAUUCGGUUUUUAAUUCCAACUUUGGAUGCAUUCAAGCUCUAUGGACGACCAAAGAGAUUGAUUGCCAACAAGGACGAUCCUGAAUCGUUCCUAUUUGCCAUGCCCGUAUUGCCUCACAUCUACUACCUGCAAUUGGAGGAUUUAAUUCCAACAGCGAACUCAGCCAGCAGUCUCGAUUGGAACACCGAUGAGUGGAACGAUCACAUUGAUGGUAUUUUACAAAAGAAGGUCGCACGAGGCUAUUCGGGGAGUGGAUCGAGUGUCGCGUUGAAGAAUAUUAUGGCAAGUCCAUUAUUAGAAAGCCGAGAGUUGUUUCAAAGUAGCGAUAACAUCAUGUCGCCGCUAUUGAGAUCCGGUCCCAACGCUAAUGCAACACUAGGUCCUCCCUCUAACCCUGAAAGUGCAUCCACUCCAAAAAACGAAAAGAUGUACUUGCAACCUUCCAAUAGAUCACAAUCAUCAUCGAACUUGAAUAAAGUGCGUACACCUAAUACAACUUCGCCACCAACGGGGAUGUACAGUAGCAAUUCUCACUCUUCCUCCAGUUUGGCGAAUCAACCGUACAAAAGUUCGCCCCUGACUCCGCUGGAGGGGAAGAACAGAAAGCAAUAUCCAAAUGAGAUGCUCGCACAAAGUAGAGAGGCCGGCACAACGAAUGGAUUUAGAUCAAACGUUCCCUCCCCGAAUGCACCAGUUUCAAAGCAUACGCCGAACACUAGUCCUCAGAAACCGAACAGUCCGUAUACCUCUACUACAGCAAAUCCACAGCGAUCCAGAACGGACGAGAGGGAACAGGGUGAUAUCCCCCCCUUUGUCAACCCCUCCGUCCCUGCUCAAAUGAAGAAGGAGAGGAAUCGACCCUCUGAAUUAAGGAUCAAGGACUCUAAUUUCAUGAAAGUUGAUGGUUUUACAAAUGAAGGUGUGAGAAAUACCAAGGAUAAAGGACGAGGCGACAACGGUGCGCUUGAAAAGAAUUUCGGAGAGCUGCGCGUUAAUCAUGGAGUCGGGGGGGGUGGCCAUGCGGAUAUUGAGACCAGCAUAGAGAACCCAUACGCCAAGAAGGCCGCUGUUAAUGAUAGUGCGAGUGAUGUGUUUGAUCCGGGUUUUGUGGAACAGAAUCAAAUGCUUGAGAUGCAGGACCGGUUUGAGAGUUCUAGCAGUUUGCCCUACCGUGCGCCGUAUCCAACAAACACCAGUAAGGAACAAGUACAAGGCCAAGAGGUUGCCGAAGUCAGGUUACCAAAACUGAACGGUCACAAGGACGAAGGGAUACAGAGCAGAAACGAUGUUGGGCCAAGAACGGGGCAUCAGGACCACCCACCGCAAAGUCGUUCAAACGCGUUUGUCUCACCAGUUAAUCCACAUUCACAUCCACAGCAACAGCAACAGCAACAGCGGCCUGUUCCUGGGGGUUACGAUUUUGUUACUGAACAAAACCCAAGAAUUGCGGCGAACAUGCCCUACAAUGGAUCCCCCCAACAACCUUACAGUUCAGGUGGACGUAUUGCAUCACCCACUACGGGCCGCAUUGCGUCCCCCAGAGUGGGUCAACGAAAUCAAAGCCCAGUGACAGCACAAGCACAAGCACAAGGGCAAGCACCACCCACUGGCCCUACACGGCCACCUCAGACAAGACGGGACAAUUUCCCAGUGGCUCCACCAAUGCCCAAUAACGGCUACGGGAUGCCCCUACAAUAUAACCGCCCUAUGCCAGGACCAGGGCCAGAACCAGUACCAGGAUCAAAACCAACACAACCCGGGUACCCAAGAUACCGCCCACCAAACAACGGGCCCGUUCCCGUCCAGGCAGGCCCCUACGGGCAGGGCUUCCCACCACCAAACACGCAGUACCAGCCCCAGCCCCAGCCCCAGUACCAGCGCGCACCGUACCAGCAGCAACCGCCUUACGGUAGACCGGCCCCAGGAAUGCCGCCCAUGGUUGCUGGGCGGCCCACCCCCACCCCCACCCCCACUGCCGCUACGGGUUCGGGCAACAGGAUCCCACCUGGCGGUCCGCGGGCGAAGGGCGGGUUUUCGCAGUUUAUGCCCGAACAGAAAACGACGACGAACCCGUACGGCCGCUGA